CCCUGGCAGGAGUGCAAACCAGCCCGCGAGUUCACCGCGGGGGCGGCCUGGGAUGACAGCGGUUGGCCUUCUUCUAGAUCCCAUAUCGCCGCCGCAACCCGCAACAACCCCCACCAUCUCCAUCUAGAUCCCAUAUCGCCGCCGCAACAACCCCCACCAUCUCGUCUCGCCGCCGCCGCCGCAAGGAAAAGAUGAUCCACGUGCGCAUCUCCUGCCAUGCCGACCUCCAAGCCCUGCAGGCCCGCUCCGAUGGGCUCAUGUUUCUAAAGUUCGUCUCUCUGGAGUCCUUGAGCAUAGCAAGCGACUCGUAUGCACUCCUCCUCCGCAACCUGAUUGAGCGGAGGUACUGGCUAUGCCCCCAGAUCGAUCUCCUCUCGCUGGUGGCAGGCGUGGCGGUGGAGCUCGACAAGAUCAAGCAUGAUCUGUUUCCCCUCGUUGAGGCCAAGCUGGGAGACGACGGCUUCCCGGAAGCCCUCCUACUCCUCAAGAACUCAGCACUUGUGCUCGUACGUCUGGCGGAGGACGCUCAGGAAAUAGUCAAAAAAUGUGUCGGAUUAGGCAAAGUUCAAGUGGUGGGCGCAUUGUUAGACAAAGUUCAAGUGGUGGGCUCAGUGUUAGAGUUUAACGUCGAUGAGGUACUGAAUGGUACUCGCAAGUUUGCCUGGUUUCACUCACGUGUCCCGCCCGUGCUCAAUGAGAUCGACCUUGUGUUGUCGACCCCGGUUUAUUUCCCUGAUUCUGAGUAGACUAUCAGCUGUUUCUUGCCAGCUCGUGACUGUUGUGAUGAAUAUUUUUUAGGGGCGUGGCAAACAGCUUACAACUGUAGGGGUAGUUUCCACAGCUCCCAAAUGUUGCGAUGUUUACUUCUUGGAGUGGCAACACCCUUUAUGUUUGGAUGAUGUUAAUGGAUUUUAAAUAAUUUGUAUUAUGGUGCUGUUUUCUCA